AUGGCAUAUCUACCAGGUAAACCCACUUUGCAAUGGACAAACUUUGACCCCACGGGCUUGCUGGAGGAGUUGAAGAGAGAUAAGUUCCAAGUAGACAGCUGGGAGGAAAUGCUAAAUAAGGCUGAGGUUGGUCACGGCUACAUGGACCGCCCCUGUCUCAACCCAUUAGAUUCGGAUUGUCCGCCUACAGCACCCAACAAAAAUUCAUCCAAACCUCUAGAUGUUGCCCUUGUCUUAAGCGGAGGAUGCUAUGGUCUUUCUAGAAAAUACAUGCACUGGCAAGAGGAACUGAUCAUUGGUGGCACUGUUAAGAAUACUAGUGGAAAACUUUUCAGUGCCCAGGCAUUGCAGACUAUGUUUCAGUUAAUGACUCCCAAGCAAAUGUUUGAGCAUUUCAAGGGUAACGAAGAAGUUCACAACAUGAAUUGGAAUGAGGACAAAGCAGCAGCCAUUUUGGAAGCUUGGCAACGGACUUAUGUUCAGGCGGUACAUCAAAGUGUUCCACAAAACUCCACUCAGAAAGUUCUUCCUUUUACCACAACAAACACUGGACGAUAUUCUCAAGUCAUUCUCCGACGUGAGCGUCAUCAGAGUUGCCAGUGGGUACUUGCUAAUGCUUGCCUAUGCCUGUUUAACCAUGCUGAGGUGGGACUGUGCCAAGUCUCAGGGUGCCGUGGGGCUGGCUGGAGUUUUGCUCAUUGCACUUUCAGUGGCUGCAGGAUUGGGCCUGUGUUCAUUGAUUGGGAUUUCCUUUAA